UUAUGACUGAGGUCAAUUUUUUGCUAGAUCACGGAAGUGCCGGACUUUUCCAUAGCCGCUCUGUGUUACAGCAAUUUCCGAGGAGUUUAUCAGUUUUUCUCGUCUGAUUUUUACUCGGAAAGAUGUCAGGAAGUCCCGUUAAGCUGUACGUGUAUGACUUGUCUCGGGGCAUGGCGAGGAGCAUGUCUCUGCCGCUGUUAGGAAGGCAGAUUGAUGGCAUUUGGCACACAGCGAUUGUUGUGUUUGAGGAAGAGUUCUUUUUUGGAGGUGGAGGGAUCGAGUCAUGCGCUCCGGGUGGUACAAUCCUGGGACCUCCAGACUCAGUUCAUGACCUUGGGGUAACACAGAUCACCCGGGAAAUCUUCAUGGACUACCUGUCUGAGCUGGGAGCUACCAGUUUCAGUGGAGAGACGUACCACCUCCUGCAGCACAACUGUAACAACUUCAGCUCAGAGGUGGCCCAGUUCCUGACAGGGACCGACAUCCCCGGGCACAUCACCAACCUGCCCAACGAGGUGCUCGCAACUCCUUUUGGCCAGAUGAUCCGCCCCAUGAUAGAGUCGAUGUCCGUGAGCCCGGGUGGAGGCCAGCCUGUUGGGGGGCCACCUUCAUGGAGGGUGAGGGAACCAGCCAGCAGCUCACCAUGGGCUCCGCAGAGCAACUCAGGACAGACCCAGUCAUCAGCAAACACACAGUCACAGCCCACUCCACCCAAACACACUGCCAGGAAAGGGGACAGAGAUGCUAUUGUUCUUAAAGAUGUAAAGAUUGCAGAUGCUGCUGCUAGCCUAAGGGAGAAAGUUGUACCCAGCCUUACAGAGGCGGAGAGGAAAAACAUGGAACAGUUCUGUGACUUCCUACAGAACCAGAAUGGGGUGAAGUUUAAUGGAGAAGCAGUCAGAAUACUGGGAAGGAGUCUUCUGAGUGAAACAUUGUCUCAGGAAGCCAAACUCUACGUGGCCCAAACUCUACAGGCUGCAGUGACAAGGCCUGAGGUCCAGGGGGUGCUGUGUAAUGCAGACACACACAGUUCUGUUGUACUCUUCCUACACAGAUUUGACACCAUCCAACCACUGACGCUACAAAUUGCUGCUAUAAAAAUGUUGUCCAACAUCUGCAUUGACCAGGGGAGCCAUGAUUGGCUACUGAGAACCCAGCAGGGACCAACGGGAGGGGAGCAGGUUGUCAAUCAACAGGUGGUUGUCAAGGUGACAGUGACAGGGCUGCUGUCAGAGGAGGCAGACCUCAGGAAAAACGCCACAGUGCUGGUGUACAAUGUGUGCUUGGGUCAGGUGACAGAAGACAGUGCUGUGGAGCUGGCCAGUGCCCUGCUGCAGUGUCUGGGGGAGACCGUACCAGAACCAGAGGCAUUUCGAAGCUUGUCCUCUCUGGUACAGUUGAUGACAUCAUUCACUCAGGUUAGUGGACUGGCCCAGGCUAUUGGUGUGGACCUGAGUCACUACUCCUCUCAGUCUGACAGACUCAAGAACCUCUGUCAGCAGUACCAGCAACUCGUCUCAUAGAUAGAAUACAGUGAUAAAGAAUGUCAUUUCUGUUAAAUCAUAUAUCUCUGAGUCUGUUUUAAAAAAUCAUAUUAGAAACCCAAGUCUUUCUGCUGUUUCAGGAAAAAUGCAACUAAAAUGUAUUAUUUAUAUUGUAUAUUGUACUUGAGAAUGAGGAAUAAGGUGUCAUAAGCCCUGCUGUACUGUGGACCUGUAUUUCACAGAAAGUGAGAUUUUUACAUAACACUGGGCAAGCAUAGUCAUCGUUAACAUGCAUGAGGCACAUGCAAGCUUUGGCCAGUCUCUGACAUGCCCUUGCAUUACAAAGUCUUAAGAGUUCUCUUUUUGCCAGCAUGCCAAGGGAUCCAUAACAUUGCCUAUAUGUGCAAUAUUCCACUGUACAUCAAUGAUCUACAUAAAUCCAGACAACUUAGACUCCAAGUUUAACAAAAGUGAAUGUAAGAAAAGGCAACACCACUAUGGAUACUUUGGAUAUGAUUCUAAUUAAAAAAACUUUUUACAUACA